UUGACUAUUUUCUUAUUCUGUCGGGUGAAGGAGAAAUCAAGAUGGGAAGCCCGUCCGGUAUGUCGGAAACAAAAGGUGCCGAUUGAAAACCACAAGAAACAAUGGGGUGCACAUCUGAAAAACACCCCCACCGUUUCCGCUUCCAGGUACGACGUGAGUGUGAAUCCAAAAGGCAGUAUCUACUGGUAUUGGUCAUGCGUAGUAUCGGUGGCAUGCUUCUAUAAUCUGACUUUCAUCACCUUAAUUGUUUUCGAAGAUAUACGAGACGGAUUUUAUGUACAAUGGAUUAUCGGCAAUAUAAUUUGCGACGUUAUUUAUAUACUGGAUAUGUGGUUCCAGUCACGGAUGUGUAAGUUUGAAUGGCAGCUACUUGUACAGCUUCUUUAUUUCUCCAUUCGGUAUCAUUGGAAACUACGGGGAAGUCUUUUUGUUGAAAUGGCUUUUAANUUUUAUUUCGAUGCCUCUGUAUUCAGAUUAAAUCGUUUAUUGAAAUGUUAUCGUCUAUUCGAGUUAUUCGAUUUGGCUCAAGGACGGCUCAGACAGGUUAUCAUUUCCUUAAUGAAAAUCGUAAUCAGUUGCACAUUGAUCUUUCACUGGAACGCAUGUGCAUUUUACAUCAUUAGCAAAUUUAGUGAUACAACAUCAUGGGAUGGCGUGAACGCAACAUUCGACGAUGACGAAGGUUGGCCAUGGCCAUAUAUGCCCGACAAAAUCACCAACGUACAUUUCGUCGACUGCUUUAAUUUCGAAGAAAGAGAAGCACAUCUGGUAGAUUUGUGGCGAUUCUGGGAGAACAAGACCAUCAGGAUUGAUUUCUCCACCUUCACGAAGGCUUACGUACUUUCGAUGUACUGGUCGGCGUUGACGAUGACUACGCUGGGUGAACAGCCAGCACCAAACGAAACAAUGCAAACGGUAUUCGAAAUUCUGGAUACGGUCAUUGGAAUGGUACUUUUCGCUGGGAUCAUGGGAAGUGUUGGUGAUUUGGUAGCGAAAGCGAAUAAAGUAAAAGCGGAUUGGCAGCAAAGAAUGGAUGGACUGAAGCAGUUUAUGACAUACAGAAAUCUGCAUGCCGAGUUCCAGCGUCGUGUUUUAAAGUACUGUGAGCACGAAAUGGCUAAGCAGGAGAAAAUGACUGAAUUGGAAAUGCGCGAAUGUCUCCCAACAAAACUUUAUACUCGGGUAUGCCACAUUCCACUUUUCGGCCCCUCCUGCCAGGUUCGCUACUAUUACUUAGAGAAGAGGGCUAGAGGGAGAGGGUCCGAAGUGCUGGUGGUUCUCUCAAUAAUGUCAAUUACUAGUUAUGCCUUAUACGUACUAAUACACUCUGCGAUGUAUAUCGUGGCUUCAGGAAAUCUGAAAAUCACCGAUCAUAACUGUACCUACAGUGAAGGUGACAUUGUGGAAGAUCGGUCCCUUGUUUGGUUACCAAACAAUCGUUUUUUGAACAGAAGAAAGCACAACGUAGUAUCUGUUGGGUAUUCACAGGUUGGUAGGCACCUAUCAUGCUCAAUUGGAGGCAAUACAUUUUUUUUUUCAGGUAUACAUUCUAUUUCGUGA